CAGAAUCGUGUUUACCUACAAACCGGCUCAGGACAGAGAGGUGAACAAACAACUUAGCAUUGCAGUGUGCACGUGCCUGCAGGAUUUUUUUUCCAUCCAUCGCUGUUGUCACUGGAGGUUUCAAUUACAGCAGACACAGAUGGAUGGGCAGGCGAGGGUUGUCACGUAGCCUGUUGGAGCAACUGACAGGCGGGGAGGACUGAACGAAGCCACUCUCAGACCCUCCGGUAAAUCUCACAGCGUGGCCUUUGGAGGGAGUAAAAGUAGGCUAACUUUGGACAGGAUGACAUUCACAUCCCACCUCGGACGUACCAACCAGUCCGGCUUUACGUCAAACCAAAGACCCGUUAUAUUUUACGGGCCCAGUUUGGACCUCAUUGACAACCCUCAGUUUGGACUCUUAUUAUUUGACAAUUUCACGUCUGAAACUAAGCAGCAAUACCAGCCCCCCAACCACUCCAAAGGCUCUAGACAUUUGCCGAGCAUCCAUAACAAACCCAGUGUCAGUGGCUUCCACCAUGUGAGUUUCUCUGAAACAGAGCCUGUGGACAAAAAGUCAGAGUACCAAAGAUUGUUCGUUCCUCAUCGUCUCACUCACUCAGGUUCUAACUACAUGCAAAUGGGUCAAAAGGAGGAGACAGGAUUCACUCAAGGAGCAAACCUGCAGUUGAACACUUUUAAGGACAAAAACAGCUGCACAGUGGAACCUCGUCAGACCUUCAGCUCAGUGAUGAAGAACGACUUUCUGCCUCCGUCUUCUCUGCAGGUUUCUGAUAACAUACAAGGUGUACACAGCCAGGAGUCAGGAUAUACAAGAGGCGCCAUCGCUCCCUUAGCCAUCCCGAGCUCUCUCCUGCCAUCACUAGAAACUGGAAGCAACAUAUCAGUUGUGAAGACUAUUGGAAAAAAGGAGCUCACAGGGUUUAUACGAAAUACUCCAAAUGAAUUUUUACCUAAAGGACCCAAUUUUACCUCACACUUCACCACACACUAUCAGAGCAAGUUCUGUCAUGGCUAUCAGAAGGACAGGAACUCUGUUUCUGCCUCAGGAAUAAUCAGCAAAACCCAGACAGUGGACAGCAGCUACAACCAUCGAGACACAGACAUGUUCAAUUAAGAGGUUAGCUGUCCUCACCACGUCUUCUCAUCU